AUCACCCAUUAUUUCCUUGCCUAUCUGUUCAUAUACUGCAGAAGCAGCAAUUGUUUGUGCCAUUCAGUCUAGGCGUGCAAUCCGGAAGCACACUAAUUAACAACCCCCCUGUCAAGUCACUAUGGCGUCCAUCACCUCUCGCGAAUCGUUCGAGUCCGUGUUUCCCUCCUUGGUCCAGGACCUUCUCGCCCACGCGAAGAAGUACAACUUGCCCGAGAACGCUGUUCAAUGGUUUGAAAAGGCCAUCAAUGUCAACGUCCCCGGUGGAAAGCUGAACCGUGGUCUCUCCGUCCCUGACACCGGUCUGGCUCUCCUGCAGCAACCCCUCAACGAUGAACAAUUCAAACAUCUCAGCACUCUGGGCUGGCUCACUGAACUGCUCCAGGCUUUCUUCCUGGUCAGUGAUGACAUGAUGGACGGCUCCAUCACCCGUCGUGGUCAGCCCUGCUGGUACCGCCAGGACGGUGUGGGCAUGAUCGCCAUCAACGAUGCCUUCAUGCUUGAGUCCGGAAUCUAUGUCAUUCUGAAGAAGCACUUCCGCUCUCACCCCGCCUACAUCGACCUCGUCGAGUUGUUCCACGAAGUCACCUGGCAGACCGAGUUGGGCCAGCUGUGCGAUCUGAUCACCGCCCCCGAAGACCAGGUCAACCUUGACAACUUCUCCCUGGAGAAGUACAUGUUCAUCGUCACCUACAAGACCGCUUAUUACAGCUUUUACCUCCCCGUUGCUUUGGCCCUCCACUACCUCCAGCUCGCGACCCCCGAGAACCUCGAACAGGCCCACGACAUCCUCAUUCCCUUGGGCCAGUACUUCCAGGUGCAGGACGACUACCUCGAUGCCUACGGUGACCCGGCCUUCAUUGGCAAGAUUGGAACCGAUAUCCAGGACAACAAGUGCUCGUGGAUGAUCAACCAGACCCUUCAGCGCUGCAACCCUGAGCAGCGCAGGAUACUCGACUCCGCCUACGGCCGUAAGGACGCUGAGCAGGAGGCCAAGGUCAAAGCUCUAUACAGGGAGCUCGACAUUGAGAACGUCUACAAGGAGUACGAAGAGAAGAUUGUCGGAGAGAUUCGCGCCAAGAUUGCUGCCAUUGACGAGUCGUCUGGUCUGAAGAAGGAGGUCUUCGAAUCGUUCCUGAGCAAGAUCUACAAGCGCAGCAAGUAAACAUAUAGAAGAGAUACCUGUGUUUAUAUCUAGCGAUAGUACUUUCUUUUGUUUAUAUCAUGUCGAAUACUUAUUUAAUUGAAUAACUGGCAAAGUAUGCCUGUGUAUAUACUGUUGGGCUAAGUACCAAUUUAGAAAUUACAUAUCAAUGUAUCCGUGUCAGCAUCUUCAGCGUAACACGGAAUGGAAUAUGGAAUAGGAGGC